AUGGACGUGACGCGCGCGUGUCACUGCUGCCUGCGGUAUUCUCCGGACAAGGACCUGACGAUGCCGUACACACAUCUCGGCAAAACGGAGAUAUAUGCCGACAUGAUCAAAGAGAGCUUCGAUAUACAGCUGGUAGUGGGCGGGUCGGGCUCGUGCGGCAUCUGCUCGGCGUGCGUGGGCCGCCUGCGAGACGCGAGCGACUUCAAGCUGCAAGUGCAGCGCAGCCAGGCGGAGCUGCAGGCGCGGCUGCAGGGAGCGAGCCGUGUAAAAGAGGAAGAAUCUGCAGUUGAGGAUCCUGAGAUGCAGGACGGAGAUGGGACCAGUGAGCCUGUAUCAGAUGACAUGCUCCGGUUAAACAUGGCGGCCGGAGACGGGGCGAGCGACGAGGGUGAGCCGCUGUUGCAUGAAGAGCUCAUAAUCAAGCCAGAAUCGAACGAAGAUGAGACAAGCGAUGAGAUGUCGCUGGAGGAGCGGGCAGUCAAGUCGGAGUCGUCGGACGCGGCGAGUGACGAGGACUGUGUGUCGGUGUCUUCGGACGGCAGCGCCGCCCGCGCCGUUCGGACGGCAGCGCCGCCCGCGCGCACCACGGAACAGCUCGCGAUGGCUUGUUCCGUGGUGCUCGAGCGCCUCCGCGACGACGCUGAAGUUCACAUCCAUUCGGGCACUCUUGCGCACCGCACGGCUGCCGUGAUGGACGUGACGCGCGCGUGUCGCUGCUGUCUGCGGUGUGCUCCGGACAAGGACCUGACGACGCCGUACACACAUCUCGGCAAACCGGAGAUAUAUGCCGACAUGUUGAAAGAGAGCUUCGAUAUACAUCUGGUACUAGACGGCUCGGACUCGUGCGGCAUCUGCUCGGUGUGCGUGGGCCGCCUGCGAGACGCGAGCGACUUCAAGCUGCAAGUGCAGCGCAGCCAGGCGGAGCUGCAGGCGCGGCUGCAGGGAGUGAGCCACGUCAAAGAGGAAGAAUCUGCAGUCGAGUCAGAAAAUCCAGAAAUGCAGGAUGAAGAAGGGCCCGGUGAUACUGUAUCGGAUGAAGAGUUCAUAAUCAAGCCAGAAACUGUGGACGAAGAUGAGAUGUCAUUGUGUUCGGACGGCAGCGCCGCCCGCGUCAGGGAACAGCUCGCGAUGGCGUGUUACGUGGUGCUCGAGCGCCUUCGCGGCGACGCGAUUGUUCACAAAGGAGACAAAACAUACGACUGCGAAUACUGCGGCGAUAAUUUCAGAAAUAAGUCAAUAUUAAACAACCACAUACAAAACACACACUUGUUGACCGGACCAACACCAUUUGCUUGUGAUUUUUGUAGUUCUACUUUUCAAACAAAAUUUCUUAUAAUCGAACACGAGAAAAGCGAACACUGUGUUAAAAAUUUCAUGUGUGCUGAAUGUGAGUAUACAACAAGUUCCAAGAAAAGUUUGGAGACUCAUUUAAAGAGUCACUCAGUUAAGAAUAAUUUUAAUUGUAGUCGCUGUAGCUACACGAGUUCGUGUAAAAGUAAUUUACACAAACACCAAACAAUACACAUGGCUGGAAAACCUUUUCAGUGUAGCAACUGCGAUUUCAAAUACAAUCAGAAAUCAGAAUUACGAACACACCACAGGAUACACACCGGCGAAAAGCCGUUCAAAUGUAGUCAUUGCGACUACAAGUGCAGUAAUAGGUCAGGCUUACGCAGACACGAAAGGACACAUACUGGCGAGAAGCCUUUUCAGUGUAGCCAUUGUGAUUACAAAUUCACUCAAAAAUUAAGCUUACAACGUCACAUAAGAAUACACACCGGAGAAAAGCCGUACAAAUGUAGUCAUUGCGACUACAAGUGCAGUCUGAGUUCAAGCUUACGCAUACACGAAAGGACACAUACUGGCGAGAAGCCUUUUCAAUGUAGUCACUGUGAUUACAAAAGUAAUCAGAAAUCACACUUAAAUAUACACCAGAGGAUACACACUGGAGAAAAGCCUUACAAAUGUAGUCAUUGUGACUACAAGUGCAGUCGGAGUUCAAGCUUACGCAAACACGAAAGGACACAUACUGGCGAGAAGCCUUUUCAUUGUAGCCACUGUGAUUACAAAUGCAGUCGGAAAUCAAAUUUAAAAACACACCAGACAAUACAUACUAGGCAAAAGCCUUUCAAAUGUAAGUAGUGAUCGUGAUUACAAUGUCGUGAUAUACAAUAUAUGAACGAAUUCCAUUCAUGUGUCCAUGCAAUUUUGCAAAUCGUUAUACAUGUUUCACAAUCUAUUUUGAGCUUUUGGAAAGUAAGUAAGAGUUUAAAUAAAAAGUUUUAGGCGAAAUUUCAUUUUUGUUACAAGCUUUUAUCGCUGACUGUACUUUUCUAUCCACAGGUAACACACAUCUCAUCUACACACUAACAACCCCAAAUAGAGGGCCAUUUUUUCAGGUUUCAGGUUAGGUUUCGUUCAUGUCGUCUCGGAUAUGGGUGAAUAUGGUAUCGAUGCACUCAGUGUAAUGCCCUGAAUAAAAAUAUAUGAGAUGACAGGCGCGAAAGUGGUGGGGGUAGUUGCUGUGACGUCAGAAAGUCGGCAGUACAAACUUUUUUUUAAUUUUCUUUUAAAGAUACCACGUGGGGUACCAAAUGAAAGGGCUUUGUGAGUAGAUCACAAAUAUAUAACAUAUUGUAACAUUUUCAAUACUUGGUCUGACAAAUUAUUAGAAAACGUUUAAAAAUUGUACAAUCCACCGUUGACUUUGAAGCACUCUAAAUUGAAAAUGGCUAAAUGAAUUAGUCCAAAAUACAUACCAAGUGACUGUGAAUAUCCUCAUCACAUGCGGCAUGAAAAUUGUAAACUCGAGUCAUAAAACCCCUCUGCCCCGUCCCUGCCCAUCGUGAUUCUAUAUUGACUCUCUUUAACAAUGUUGUCCAUACCAGGGGUAGGAAACUAGAGGGUUCGGGCAUUCUCGACUCUUUUCGGCUCAUCAUUGCUCCGAGCAAUUAUUAGGGUUGGCAAAACUUGAUAUGCCUUUGGGUUUUGGGUGCAAAGCCACAGAUGAUAUAAUUAAUGACUUGAAUUUUGACAACCCUAAAUAGCCGAAAGGGAUAGUGCCAUACAUUAGAAAUGGACAGCACGAUUCGUCCUUGAACCGCUGUCAAACUUCGGUAUUGUAGGAAGUUUCUUUUCUGUACGGUAGUACUAUUUUGUAUUCUGUGUUCAUACAUCUCUUAUUGCACUAUGUAAUAUAAUUUACUUUUGCAAAUGGUAGUAGUGUAGUACUUACCUCGUACGUACCUCCAUCACCGGUCCAUGUGACACUCGUUGAGGCAGAGAAGGACAAGGCGGGCAGUUCCUAUCUUUUACUUUUCUUAAGAUAAGUACUUGUGUCGCUUAAUUUUCUACUCGGGUAAAUCCAUUCGACCCUCUCAGCAAGACCCUAUUACCUUUUCAUUAAUACUCGUACCUAAAUCGCAUAAUCUGACACAUGUAUUUACCCGAGUUUGAAUUAAGUUAAGCGAAUCUUAUAUAACAUCCCUUUCAUCAAAGAUUCAAUGAUUGUAUAAUAUAUGUGUCAAGUGUAAGUCUUUGGAUUUGGCAGCUGGUGUAGAUGGCGCUAUACGAUGGUAUUAUGCGGUCAUUCUGUU